AUUUCGAUUGUGAUGACGCAAUAGUCCGUAAUCUAGUCGACACUCCACACUACUUCAGAAGCGUUCAGCUCCUGUUCAUCAUUAGAAUUCAACUGUUGAAAUUAGCUCAUUAUCGUGCGAUAAGCUAUCGGUAGAGGUCAAUAAUUAUUAGUAUCGUAAGUGUAAACAGCUUCGGAACUCGUAUCAGGACAAAGUCGCUUCAGUUCGUAUGUAAACAUGCUGAAAGUGGGUUUUCUGGGAGGUGGCCGUAUGGGCCAUGCCAUGGCCAAGGGAUUUAUCGCGGCAGGUUUGACAAAAGGUGAACAUAUAAUUGCUAGCUGUGUACCAGAGGACAAAAUCAGUGUGGAGUCUUUCCAGAGUAUUGGAGCCACGUCUACUUUUUCAAAUCCACAAGUUGUGGAAAGCAGUGAUGUAGUGAUAAUAGCAGUAAAGCCAACAGUAGUCCGGACUGUAUUAACUGAAGCAAAACCUGCAAUCAAAGAUCGACAUCUAUUCAUUUCGGUGGCCAUGGGAGUCUCAUUAAAGCAGCUUGAACAGGCAGUUCCCAAAGGAACAAGAGUGAUCAGAGCCAUGCCAAACACCCCUGCUUUAGUGAGAAGAGGUGCUUCUGUUUUUGUUUGCGGAUCUUCAGCCAACGAAUCAGAUGCGGCAAUCACCAAGAAACUCUUCGAAUCAGUAGGAAUUUGUGAACAAGUUCCAGAAUAUUUAUUGGAUGCAGUAACCGGCCUUAGUGGAUCAGGACCUGCUUAUAUCUACGUAUUGAUAGAAGCAUUGGCUGAUGGGGCGGUGAGAAUGGGUCUACCUCGAGAUCUUGCGUACAAGUUGGCCGCGCAAACAGUUGUCGGAGCAGGUCAGAUGGUGCUCGAUACUAAAGAGCAUCCUGGUCAACUGAAGGACAAUGUCACUUCUCCUGCAGGUUCAACAGCUGCUGGACUGUAUUGGCUGGAGAAAUGUGGAUACAGAUCGGCUGUCAUAGGAGCUCUUGAAGCAGCUACAAAUAAGUGCAAAGAAAUGGGCAAAAGCAUUGAACAGUCUAGCUGAUAUUUUAUUGACAAUAGAAUAUUCAACUCUAGCCUAUUUAAUAAUAAUCAUUUCUAUGAAAUCAUAGUAAGGUCGGUAGGUACAUUAUGCCACAGACAAGCUAGUCUUUUCUUUUUUUAAAUAUAAGAUGUUUUUAAUAUAAGACUAUGCAGGGAUUCUGUGAGGUGAGCCCUAAUCAACAAUUUUAGAGAAUGCAUUUGAACAUAGGUGAAUUUGACUUUAUAUUCAUUUAAAGUAAUUUUCUCUAUAAAACCAGAACUGUUCUUAUUCAAAAACAAGCAAAUCAAGGUAAUCAAAAUACUAAUAAUGUGUAAAAUAAUAUGCAAGUGAUAUUAUAAUCACCUUGACUACUGUACUUCUUUCAUGAGGCAUCGCUUAUGUUGAUAAUACGUGAUUUCUGUGCUAAUAAGUACUGUAAAUAGCCUAAUAUAAGUAUAUAAUAACGUUUUUUUCAUAUAGCUUUACAAUUUCCUCCAUGUACAAUAUUUAGGAAAGGUGUAAACAUUAGUCUUAUGUGUAACUGAUAAUUUUAUUUCAAUCCUAUAUAAUGAUUGGUUGGUUUAUUGAGAUAGUCAUCUUUUAUUGUAUGUGAAUAGAUGAUGUGUAUAUUAUUUUGAAGUUCACUAGGUACUUACUAACAAUACCUACGGUACAGAGAAUAAAUCAUUGUUCAUUCACCUGCUGGAGUCUAAUUUUCAUGGAUUGAUCUCUGUGAUAUAACAUAAAUGGAACAAAAUAAAAUCAAGCGAUCAAACAUUCUCGUGCCGAUUGCACAAAAGCCAUUUGAAUUUUAAUCGUGAUUAAUUCCACGAGAAGCACGUGGAGAAGCCUCAUUUUCGAAAAAGACUUCUCUGAUUGAUUCUCGUGGAAUAAAUAAAUAUUAAAAUUUAACCGGUUUUUUGCAACCGGGAGAAAACAUCAAUAUAACAUCAAAAUGGAAUUCACACAAAUCAUAUACAGUAUAUAUAACAAAAUUAUAAAUACAUUUAAAUGUAAUGUAUUCUCAAUUAGUAAAAUUACCUUCUGUAAAAGAUAAAUCCUAUUCGGUACAGAAAAUUCAACUUGUUACUUCAAUAUUGAUAGAAUAGUAUACGGUAAUAUUUUUAGUGUUCGAUGUUUUAAAAAGAUUAAGUUUUAUUACAUAUUCAAUGUAUUCUUAUCAGUCAAGACAACCUUUUCACGAUAUUUCAUGCAAUAAACUAGACCAUAUCAUUAAACUGCAUCCAGGAAUAUCAAGAAA